GCGGCCCUGCCCUUCGGGCCAUGUUCCCCGGGCCCUCCGGACCAAAGCCACUCCGAGUUGGAGCUGUGAGCUUCUGGAGCUGAGGAGGCAGGUGAGCCCCUCCCCCGCGCGAGAGAGAGCUGAAGGGGAGCGUCGGCGGGGACUUGGGCUCAGCGCGAGUCUAGAAGGUGGGGACCCAGAAGCCGCUGCGCUGCCACCUGGAGGCAGAAGGGUGACUGCCUGGUUGAAGGAUGGGGAGCUGGAACGUGGCUUCCAGUGUCAGGCUCGGUCUCCGCUGGAGGAUGUUGAUGGAAGAAAGGAGGGAACCUUCAAAUCCUGGUUCUGUCUCAGACUCCAGGCCUGGUCUCAUGGACGCGCUCUGUGAAGCAAAUGGCACCUUCGCCCUCCGCCUCUUAAAGGCCCUGUGUGAAGACGACCCUUCAGGCAACGUGUUUUUUUCUCCCGUGAGCCUCUCCUCGGUCCUGGCCAUGGUCCUCCUGGGAGCCAAAGGGGACACUGCUGCCCAGGUGGCCCAGGCGCUUUCCUUAAACACAGAGAAAGAAUUUCACCAAGAUUUCCAGCAGCUUCUUGCUGAGCUGAACAAGCCUGACGCUCAGUACUUGCUCACGACGGCCAACAGGAUCUUUGGGGAGAAGACCUACGAAUUUCUCUCUACCUUUAAGGAAUCGUGUCUUCGCUUCUACUACGCUGAGCUGGAGCAGCUCUCCUUUGCCGAAGCUGCAGAGCCGUCCAGGAAGCAGAUCAACGCUUGGGUCUCAAAGAAGACUGAAGGUAAGAUUCCAGAGUUGUUGCCUGCUAACUCCAUCAAUGCAGAGACCAGGCUGAUUCUGGUUAACGCUGUCUACUUCAAAGGGAGGUGGAGUGAGAAAUUCGACAAGGAGUACACCAGGGAGAUGCCUUUUAGAAUAAACCAGAAGGAGCAGAGGCCGGUGCAGAUGAUGUUUCAGGACGGGGUGUUCAGACUUGCCCGCAUCCAGGAGGUGCAGGCCCAGGUGCUGGAGCUGCCAUACGCGGACGAGGAGCUGAGCAUGCUGGUGCUGCUGCCCAACGACCACGUGCCUCUGAGCUCAGUGGAGAAACAUCUCACUUGGGAAAAGUUCCUCGCCUGGACCCAGCCUCACUCCAUGAAGAAGACCCAGGUGGAAGUCUUCCUCCCAAAGUUUAAGCUGGAGAUGACCUACGACAUGGUGUCGGUGCUCCAGGGCCUGGGGGUGCUUGAGGCCUUCCAGUCGGGCCGGGCUGACUUCUCGGCCAUGUCUCCCAGCGAAGGCCUGUGUCUGUCCGCCUUAGCCCACAAGAGCGUGGUGGAGGUGGACGAGGAGGGCACGGAGGCCGCGGCCGCCUCCGCAAUGCUGCAGGUCGACAGCUGCAUGGUGAACCAGCCCCGGUUCUGUGCCGACCACCCCUUCCUGUUCUUCAUCAGACACAACGGCUCCCGCAGCACUCUCUUCUGCGGCAGGUUCUCCUCCCCGUAGGGGCGCGCGCGCCGCGCCUGCCCGCCCUGCCCUCGCUGGGUCCCCCGGGGCCUGGGCAGCUCCGGGCCUCAAUGACCCGCCAGCACACCCUUGCUUCUCCCCCAGGCUGACCCCUGGACGGGGAUCGAGGGCCAGUAGACCUCAGUGAUUGUAUUUGAGACGCAGCCUGAAUCCCGUAGGAUGGCAGGCACAGCGCUCCAUGGGCCGCGGACUCCCUUCCCGCUCGCUCCUGCGGCGUUUCUUUCCGGUGGCGCCGGGUUCUCUUCCGGGUCACCUGCUUGCCUUAGCCCGUUUCAGUGUUCAGCCAGGCCGUUAGCUGUCACUGCCGUUUGAUAGGUCUCCUGGUGCUUGCGCUUUUUAGGGACGUUCCUUAGUGCGUGUUUAUUUUUUUGGCUGUGUAGCACGUGGGAUGCCAGUUUCCCGACCAGGAUGGAACCCAUGGCCCCUGCGGUGGAAGCUUGGCUUCCUUUCCGUUGACCUGCCUGGGAAUGCCCUCUUUAAUGCACAUCUUAUCUUUCUUUGACAUUCACUGCUCACCGUGGAUGUUGCCAACCCUGCAUCAGGCCCUGGGGAAGGAAGUGGGAGGGUGUGAGCCUCUUGAGUCCUGCCCCCAUGGCAGAAGUAGGCAGCUUUGAGGACUACCAGGCUGGACUAGGUCCUGCCUCUAGGUGACCAUGUGACCUCUGGGAGGAUCACACGUUUCUACAUGUUACUGUAUUUCUCCACCUCCAACUCUAACAGGAAAAAUCACAUUCAACCCUUAAAGCUCAUUUCCAACGUCAUCUUCUCUGAGAGUUGUUUCCUUUCCUGCAUAACCAGAGGUACGUCUUUGUACCCUCACUGCCCCCUGGGAGAUGGCACGUCUCUGACGGUAGCUGUUUGUAUAUUGCCUGUCUGUGUUUUCUGGCUUUAAGGCCCUUGGGGAUGGGACUGUGUUUUACGCAUCAGGGUGCCACUUAGGUUGCAUGGGUAAGCAAUUUGAUGAUGAGCUCUGUGACUUAAAAAAAAAAAAAAAAAAAAAGGUUAGAAAUCAGUUUUUCUAAUUGAUAAAUAAUAAAAACGAUUUAUUAAAAAACAA